AUGCACAAGCUGCUUUUGAAGAGGGUUGCUCCUAGAUGCCUCCUAAAGAUUAAUCUAAGGAAGGCUUAUGAUUCUGUGGGUUGGCAGUUUCUUAAAGGAGUUUUUGAAGGGUUGCAUUUUCCUUCGAGAUUUAUACAAUGGAUUAUGGAGUGUGUUACUUAUCCAACAUAUUCUGUAGCUUUGAAUGGGAGUUUACAUGCUUCUUCAAAGGUGGAAAAGGCCUCCAACAAGGUCUCUCUAUCAUCCUUUUUGUUUGUGCUUUGUCUUGAAUAUUUCUCAAGAAUGGUUAAGGCUGCCUCAAAUGAUAGUGAAUUCAAUUACCACCCUAAAUGUGGUCCCUUAAAGAUCACUCAUUUAACUUUUUCGGAUGACUUGUUGCUCUUUGCAAGGAGAGAUGUUAUGCCGGAACAAAUUAUAAUGGAUUGCCUUUCUAACUUUGGUCUUGUAUCGGGUUUGAGGAUGAAUAUCUUAAAAUUCAGCUUGUAUAAAACUAGAAUUCAUGGACGAGAGCUUGAUGAUAUCCUUGAACUCACAAAUUUCCCAAAGGAUACCAUGCCAUUCUAUUAUUUGGGUAUCCCUCUUGCUUUGGAAAACCCCAAAGGCUCCAAGAAGCCUUUGGUGGCUUGGAGGGAUGUUUGCCUCCCAAAAGAUGAAGGGAGUCUCGGGCUGAAGGACAUGAAGAGUUGGAACUCAGCUUUACUUGCUAAAUCUCUUUGGAAUAUCCAUCAAAAAAAGGAUACUCUUUGGAGACGUUGGGUUGUUGGAGACAGCAGCCUGAUUCAAUCUGUUGAAAUAACCUCAAGUCAGCAUGCUGUGGCUACACAAAACAAUGAGUUAUUUCAGGAAGUUUUGGAUAGAUUUAAGGCUUGGCCAACUGGUGAAAAAUUUUGCACAAAAAUGGCCUAUGAUUAUUUCCAGCCGAGAGGUACUAAGAGGAUUUGGGCUGUCGAUGUUUGGAAAUCUUGCAUAACAUCGAAGCACUCAUUUUUGCUUUGGUUAUGGGUUCAAUCUAAACUCCUAACUAAAGGUAAAUUGCAAUAUUUGGAGAUCGACCAGAAUUGUGUUCUUUGUGGGCAUAUGGCGGAAAACAGGCCAACACUUAUUUUUUGA